AUGAAACGAGAGGUGAGCGCUGGAGUCAACUUCCUGAAACGCUUAGCUGUGCAGCGUGGCAAGCUAGACGAAGCCAAAGCAGAUGUGUUUGCUGAAAACCUACAGCGACUCCUGUGUGACAAAUACAAUGACCACUGGUAUCCUGACUGCCCACGCAAAGGCCAGGCAUACAGAUGUAUCAGGAUAAAUAAUCGGAUACCUUGUGAUGAAGUGGUCCUGAAAGCAUGUGAAGAGAGUGAGGUCACACCCAGUGAGCUGGGCCUCCCGUCUGAAAUCACACUGUGGAUCGACCCACUGGAGGUGUGUGCAAGAUCUGGAGAGAACUGCAGGCCGUUCACAAUUGCUCGUUUCAAAGAAGAACAAGACGACAGCUCAGUGGAUUCAGUAAACCUCGACACAUCAGAUUACCACUCUGCUACCUCCUCUGACUGUGGCUCCACUGCAUCGAGCGACACGGAGGAGGAGGUAAAAGACGGCGAGGCAGAAGGAGAGAAAGAAAAGGAAAAGGAGAGGAGCGAGAAUGAAAUGGUAGAAGGAGAUGCGCAUGUGAUAACGAUGGUGCCCAGGAUUCGUGAAAAGGGGAAGCGGCACGGAGACGGACUCAACAAGCCCAAAUUCAGCAGAAAUUCAGUGCCCACAAGCCUCCAGUACUUUUACCACCCUGCAUCGGUCUGGCCUCAGUACAAGAAGAGCGCCCCAGUCUUUCUCACCACAGUGUGUGCACCUCCGCCCCAGCAGGUGCUCGGCUACUACAUCAUGCCCCAGCCGUCUCCACAGUUCAUCCUGCCACAGGCCACUUUGCAGCCUUGGGCUGCGGUGAAAGGAUAGAUCGUCGAAAACAGGCAGAGAGAGGGAGACGGGGUCGUCGGUGGGACUCACAGCAUUAUAACCUCAUUGAACUGAGCCAGUCUUGUUUGGACACUUAGUUCUUUUCAAGUUAAGCCAAAGUACGAACUUUCCUAUUUGUAACGCUGAAAAUAUUCCCUCAUACAACUGGCACCCCAGUAAGCUGCAGAAAGGGUUAAAGGAUAGAAAAGAAUUUGCGAUCUUGAAUCCAUCAAGUCAUUGCCACUGAACGAUAUAAGGUCAGGGCAGUUCUACACUGCUGGCUUUUAAAUGUCAUACAUGUUAAGAGUGGCUUCACUCAGUCACCGGGUGCUUGGACUAACUCAGGAGCUCGCAGCAAUUGGCUUGAUGCCAAAUAAUGACUUCAGGUGUUUUAUAUAUAUAUAUAUUUUAUUCUUAUCUAUCUCUGUUGUAAGGUAAGGUUAUGUGAAAGAGCAUGGUGUAUAAAUCAGUUAAUUCAGUGGAUUACUGUAAAAUUAAAUGUGAUUCAGGGUUUUAAUCUUCAGUGGCAAUAUUUGUAUAUUAAGAAGAAAAUAGUUUUACUGAGCUGCAUGUAAAUACUGCAGGAUUUUGUUACCAUAAACUAAUGCACACUGAGGUUAAAUUUCACUCUCGUACUGUUGUAAUUUAUUUGGCCUCCAAUGGAGGGCACUGACAUCACAAAUAUGACAUGAUUUUCUAUUUUUUCUCUUUAAUGUUUAUUGCUUUUUGAAUCCAACUUUACAAGUUUUGAAACUAACUGAUUUUAUAUUCUUUUUUCUAAACUCAAUAAAUGUAUAGAGAUGUGCCUUUCUAAGAGAUCCCUGUCCUCUAGCCUACUUCUAUCUGUAUAUUUUUGACAUUUUUACUGUACAUAUUUACAUGCUGAUUCUGAAAAUCUACUGGGGUUCACAUAUGUUUGCCACUGAUUGUUAUGCACUGUAAUUUUAUUGCCAGCUUGUUUUUACGCAUAUUUAUUAUUUUCUGUUCUUACCUACUAAUGUACAAUGUGCGUGUGUGCCAUUAAGCUAUAUGUAACAACCACUUUUUACUUGAGCUAUUUUCUUACUGCAGAUGAUUAAAUUGCCUGAUCCUUAAAAAUUAGGUUUUGUUGUGUGUCCUUGCUUAUUGAAUAAAUAGUCCCAACAUUGA